AUCAAAACAAACCAAUGCAAUCUCAUUUUGUUUUGGUUUUAAGUUUAAAUACGUUCCGUCGCACGUUUGUCCUUUUUAAGCAUAAAUUGCACCCUCCGCUCAAUUAGGCAGCUUUAUCCCACCGUUGUGCCUUCCCGCCAGCAAAGAAUCUCCCCCGCGAACAAAGAAAUGGCCACCGCAUCCAAGAGCUUCCAGCCGUGUCCGGCGAUCGUCUUUUUCGACGUGGCCACCACGACGGCCGACCGACGCUACAAGCGCCCCGUCCUGCCGGACCACAUCACCAACGAGCAGCACGCCCGGAAGCUGGAGGAGAUCGAGCACAGCCUGUGGGUGCUGUGCCACCACUUUGACGUGCUGCCCAAGGACAAGGACCAGCCGGAAGCGAAGGAAAAACCGCCGGAGCAAAAUGCGGUGCUGGCGGGGGAGCUUGCGGAAAUUAUGAGCGCGCUCGACCCGAAGAAGCAGAUGCAGAAGGUGGUCGAGCGGGCGCUCCGGAACGAAAGUGGGCAGCUGCUGAAGAGCCUGCAGGCCAAGCAGCAGGAUCAGCUGAUGAAGCUGUUCGAUGUGGCGCGGCUGGCGCAGGACGUGGAGCCGGCGAAGGUGAAAGUGCCGCUGCCGCAGUACGACCACUCCUAUUCUGUGCUGACGGAGAUCAAAACGUCGAUCAUCAGUGUGGGAAUCGUGGAAGAUGCCACGAGCGCGACCACCAUCCGUGAUCAGUACGGUGUUCCGUGGCAGUUGCGCCUCCGCAAGGACAUGGACUGGUUGAUUUUGGACGUCGACACGAGCCAGUGCCGUGGCGUGAUGGGACGUUUCCAGCUGCUGGUGCGCUUCAUCCACGAAUCUCCACUCAAGAGCUUCCAGCGCAGCGAUUCGAUGGAAGUGAGUCGCCUCCGGACGGUCUACUGCAGCACGCUCGCUGCCUUGUCCCAGCUGCGCGACGAUGGCUACUUUGCCGCGGACGGCACUCUCAAGCUGCGCGUGGCCAUAGUCCCCUUGGAUCCGGACGCCGAGCGGAGCACCCUCGUGUUGGGUAAAAGACUGAAGCAGAUUCCUGCUGAUCACAACCUCAAACGGAUGCCCAAGUUCGUCGAGGGCCACCUCACGAUCCCGGACUUCCUGACCAGCCGCACGACUCAAUCCCAAACGCUGCUGGACGCGAACAAAAUCGCUUGGCGACUCGAAGUCAGACUGAACCAGGGCGCCACCGAACACGAGCGCAGGCACAUGGCCGUCACGAUUGGCCAGUGCGAAGACGGUCCCCCGGCGGACCCUCCCACGUGCCACGAGUACUUUGUCGAACUGCUCACGGUCGACGCCAACGGGUGGACCCUGCGACAGAGCGGCCGCACGCUCGAACGAGUCCUCUUCAUGCCGGACUUUUUGCUCAAAAGCCGCGCCGAAAUCUACCUCAAGGACGGCAAGCUGCGCCUCCGCUGGGGCAUCCGACGAAUUCCGAUUCGCUAAACUACGACUGCAACAACACUUGUGAUACUUUCGAUUCACGUUUACUCAUUGUUUUUUUUCUGUCGAAUAUUAAAACAAAUCGUUACUACUUUUGCAAAAAAAAAAAA